GCAGUUUAGACUGGACGACAUGGCCGCUAUCGCGUCUUUGUUGACCAUGAUAGCUUGUGGUACUGCAAUAACAUCAAUGACUCGAUUUGGUCUUGGGAGGCAUAUUUCCACAGUUUCUAGUAAAAAUCAGAUUCUCUACCUAAGGUGUUUUUGGGUGUCCGUAUUCUUCUACAUGCUAUCCCUAUUCUUUAUCAAAAUGUCAUUUCUAAUCAACUACUACCGGCUCCUCUCCGCCUCCAAACUACGGCCUUACUGCGUUGGAGCAAUGGUACUGAUUGUACUCUGGGGCAGCGGCGUUUGCAUCCUUGUCUUUGUUAUGUGCAUUCCUCUUGCAGGCGUCUGGGACCCAAACGUUGACGCGCAGUGCGUCCCACACAUAACCAUAAUGUGGUGGUUCAAUGGCGUUUUCAACUCGAUCGGCGACCUGUUCAUCCUCACGCUGCCAAUUCCAGCUCUGUGGCGACUCCAGUUGCCACGUCGACAGAAAGCCUACUUGUUAUUCGUUUUCAGUCUCGGAUUCCUGACUGUGGGCAUUUCCAUCGCGCGGAUGCGAUGGCUCAAGAUGGACGCCGACAUGACCUGGUGGAACGUCACCCCUGCGCUCUGGUCUCUCGGCGAGUUGACGUCUGCAAUUUCUUGCUCCUGCCUGCCAUUCUUCAAGCCCUUAGCUCUCCGUGUCAAAUCCUUCAUGAGUCGUGCCACUGUAGGCGGUACUUACCCACAAAUGACUGGCGGCGAAGGAGACAAGGAGGCUAAUGCUCAUUCGAGUGUCGGUGCUGGGCAAAAGGAGUUUAUCCAAAAUAGCAACCUGAUGCAAACGGUUCUUUUUACUUUGUCUUUCCACUUGCAUAAUACAUAUGGUCUCUAA